AGUGUCCUCAGCAACCUUCUCUUUCCUGCAAUCAGAGCACAUCCUGUGCGGUAACAGUGAAUCAGUCAAUUUGAAAUCAUCCCGUGCAUCAAUCUGAGCUUGUGUUGAUGAACCAGUAUAUUUCCUUUCUAUUUACCCUGAUCGUCUUCCUGCCUCAACACACGUAGUAUAGAUUGUAGAGCCUCGACCCUCAUAGGCAUUGAAACUACUUUAAAGAUCUCAGCUUAGACACAACACUGCAAUGAUCUUUGGAGCCAUACGACUUGUCUGAACUUCAGAGUAGCGAGGAAGCGCUACCAGUGGUGAUGUGUCACAGCUCGAGUGAUUGACGAGGGCCUUGUCAGCUCCAAUUAUUUGAACUGACCAGCAUGGACAGUCCAAACAUUCUCUUCUUUCCAGCAAUAAUUCUGUAGGAGUCUCUGUCGAAGUAUUUGGCACUGCGUGUAUGGUUACUGGACAUUGGUUCGAUCGAGGCGCUAUUUACAAGCUUCAGUCAAUUGGUUGGACCAUGCUGAGACAGCGGAGUAAGAUUCAGAGAUAGAGUGAAUGCAGGGGAAUGGAUCUGAAGCUACGCUUGUGGUUGCCAUGGACGGUCAUGCUAGUGGUAGGGCUUGCAACCUACGGCUACUAUCUGUAUCUGGAUCCAGAGAGUUGUGGGAGUUUCCUCGGUUGCAGAUCCUCUAUAGUGAAUGCCGACUUCCCGCGUAUCGAAGAGGGAAAUGAGUCGACGAUACCUGUCAACGGCGAGCGCCGCAUUGCCGUCUGUUUAGUGGGCGGGGCUCGGAUGUUCGAGAUCACCGGGCGCACACUCCGCAAGCACCUAUUGGACGUUUACAACAACACGGACGUCUUUCUCCACUCGCCUCUUGACAAAGAUAGCCACAAGUUCUCCCACCUCAGGGGUGGCAACCUCCGCGCUGCCAAGAUAUUCGUCCCCUCGGUUCUCCCCGAGUCGAGAAUUACCAAUGAGCUGAUCACCGCAUGGGGGUCUCCGCACGGGAUGCAGGGGCUCCUCCAGUACUUCAACCUCGUGGAGGGCUGCUACGGAAUGGUGAAGCAGUACGAGGUGAAGCACAAGUUCAAAUACGAUUGGAUCAUUCGCACGCGCGUGGAUGGGUUCUGGAGCAGCCGUUUACCGGAAAUCGGUCAGCUGGAUCCGAACUAUUACUACGUCGCGGCUGGGAACGAUUUCCAUGGGCUCAAUGACCGUUUCGGAAUGGGUUCCCCGCACACCAGCCGUGCAGCGAAUAUGCGGUUGAGCUUGCUUCCACAAAUGCACAAGGCUGGCUACCGCGGCCUGAACUCGGAAUCGGCUUACAAGGCCCAGUUCCAAAUCUCGGGUGUGGCAUGGAAGCGCAUCCAGAUCCCGUUCUGCAUCAUGACGCUGCGGAAUGAGAUGUACCCACCUCCGCCGUAUGGCCUGCUCAUGCUGUCCAUGGCUUCCGAAGGACCCAUGAGCGGGACGUACUGCAGGCCAUGCGACAAGGAGGCGAACGCGACCUUCUCGGCAACAAUCGUCGACGGCUGCAUGCGUGACUGGGACUGGCCCGGCGUCGAGGGCAAUCGGGUCACGGUGUGCGACGGACGGCAGCCGUGGGCGGCGAAUUGGCGAGAGAUCGCCGACAAUGUGUACAAAAGACACCUUAAUUCUUCAGAGGGGAUUCCGAACUUCCAGUCAAGGACAGUCGCGGAAUGCACACGCGAGAUGCAGGAGUUUCAAUCGCAGUGGGAGAUUUGGGACUCGCCCUCUCCGCAAUCGAUAUGCCAGAAGUCAUUAUCGAAAUAGUUACCAAUAUUGAUUGCAAUUUACGAGAAUGAGAAUGUGCUUUGAAUCAUAGACUGAGAGUGAGAGAGAGAGAGAGAGAGAGAGAGAGAGAGAAACAUACAGAUUUUCUGCUUUCAUUGUGGCAUUACCGGCAGCGACACCAUGCGUGCAACUAUAGAUCAGUCUCACGCUGCUGCUUCCUUGUUCUCGAGUGUAUAGCAUCGGAGCUAGAGAGAAAACAAUCGGUAGAAUAGUGUACCCAGAUUCUUGAAGGACCACGAGGUGAAGGCAAUAAUUUAGGGCCCUCCAUUUUCCUAGUCAAUUUGUCCUACCAGCUUCAAUAAAAUCCACCUCGUGAAUCCUUUUCUUCCUCAUCCA